AUGAGCAUGGUCGAAGUUAUUGCUCCUGUAAACAUAGCUCUUUUGAAAUACUGGGGAAAGUCGGAUUACCUAAAUAUUGAACCGAUAACUGACUCUCUUAGUCUCACAUUGAACAGCAAGCAGUUAUACAGUCUAACACAGAUAUCUCUCUCUCCUGGUGUGGAACAGACAUUUACACUUAAUGAGAAGCAUCAAAAUUUAACUAAUCGAAUGAAAGAUGUCAUUAUUGCCUCGCAAUUGCGCGCAAUGCAGAAGGGAAGUUUUCGCAGAUUCCAGAAACUCCAUAUAAGAAGCACAAAUAACUUUCCUACUGCCGCUGGGCUGGCAUCUUCUGCCUCUGGGUUGGCUUCAUUAGCUUUUGGACUAUCUACUCUAUAUCAUCUGGAGGAAGAUAUAGCUGCUCUAGCGAGAAGAGGUUCGGGCUCUGCGUGUAGAAGCAUGUACGGUGGCGUCGUGCACUGGAAGCGAUCUGCAACUGAUGAUAAGCACUCCUCUUCAUCUGUAGAGCAACUCUUUCCUCACACCCACUGGCCUGAACUUCGAGUUCUUAUCUGUGUGACCUCCUCGCAUCGAAAACCGGUAUCUUCGAGCGAAGCUAUGCGUCGCACUGUGGCAACCAGCCCACUCUUCCAGGAGGCGCGUGCCACGGUGGUGGACCAGCGUUUGCCCCGUUUUAUCGAUGCCUUCGGGCGACGGGACUUUGCCGCCCUCGCCGAGUUGACCAUGCGCGAGAGCAACGAAUUGCACGCCUUCUGUCUGGACUCCUGGCCACCCGCCAUUUACCUUAACUCCACCAGUUUCGCUAUCAUGGACUUUGUUCAUGCGCUCAACCAACAUAUGCGUCGAUGUGUAGUAGCCUACACCUUCGAUGCGGGCCCGAAUGCCUUCCUUCUUACACUGGCAGAUGACGCACCUCUGGUGCUAUCCCUCCUUGCUGAAUGCUUCGGCCAAGUCGAAGUGGGGAACGGAGAAGGUUUAAGAUGUUAUGGAGAUGAUUUGGAUAUCAAGAGAGCGCGUUUUGAGACCCAAGCACGUCGUCUUGAGGUCAGAGGCAUUCAAUACUCCUUGGAAGUCGAUUUAGACAAUCACAGGGAAGUUCUGCGGUCAUUGCCACGAUGUGCUGGAUCUAUUCAGUAUAUCCUUAGUACGGAGGCAAGUUGGCAUUGUUGCUAUUACUGGUGUACAAAGAUUGACACGAUUCCUGUUAAAGAAAAGUCUUCAGAAAGAUGA